AUGCGUAAGGAAUGCACAAAAAUAAUUCAAGAUCAACUCGAUGACGGAAUUGUUGAAGUAUAUCAAAAUAAAGAUUUCGAAUCAGGUUAUUAUAUGCCCCACAGAGCAGUAAUAAGCCCAGAUAAAGGAACUUCUCGUGUUAGAAUUGUUUUCGACGCGUCAUGUAAAGAAGAAAUUACUAUAUCCUUAAAUGAUCUGUUACAGGUUGGACCUAAUUUAAAUCCUAACAUAUUAGAUGUCAUUCUUAAAUUUCGAGAACAUGAUAUCGCUUUUUCCGCUGAUAUAGAAAAAGCAUUUCUAGUGAUAAGUAUUGCCGAGGAAGAUCGCAAAUAUUUAACAUAUCUUUGGUUUCAGAAUGACAACAGUGAAUCGUUCAAAAUUAUGAACAUGACACGUUUACUAUUUGGUAUUAGUACCAGUCCAUUCAUUCUAGCAGCCACAAUAAAACACCAUAUUAAAUAA